AGGAUCAGUUUGAGUUGUGGCGAUCAUCAAAUUUCUGUUCAUGCAUCACCUCAGCCACCUCUGUUCAAACCCUGUUCAGCAGCCAGCCAGUCAUAGCAGAUCACUGACCACCCAUGCAGCCACACCUUACGGUAUAUUUUUAUAAUUCUUUAACAGGAGAGAGUACAAAGUCUGUGUGGGUAAGUAUGCACUCUAUUGCACUGAUGGCAAACCAGGAAACAGCUCUCAUGGACAUAAUCUUUAUUAUGUAUAUUAUGGUAUAUCUAUCUCUGUAUGUUGCAACAUUUGUUGUCUAGCCAAGUUUAAUUUUCAUUUCAUUAUUGUUUAUAAUUAUUAGUUGUAUUUUGUUUUUUGGAGAAUAGAAAAACUAAAGCGUUAAACAUCAGGUCAAAGACACAACACAUGACAUCUCUAGCUCUCUAACUAGUUUAACAGGUUAUGAGGUUUAUACACACCUCGGUUCUUUUUAUUUACUUAGUUUUAUAACGCAGGUUUUAAGUUAGUUGACUUUUUUUCUACACUCUGUUUAAUUGAAUCUUUUCUUGAUAUUGUAAACUGUGGAUAUGGUGGCGUUUUUGUUCCUGUGUGGUGUAGUGUAGUAAAACCUUCAUAAUAUGUGUAAGGAAGAAGAGAGAGGAGGCUGAUUAGAGAAAUAACCAGGCAGGUGGUGAACAGCAAGACAGGCGGGAGUUAUUUGUAAGGAAGAAGAGAGAAUAUGUGUCCAUGCAUCACCUCAGCCACCUCUCCAACCAAAAACCCUGUUCAGCAGCCAGCCAGUCAUAGCAGAUCAGCUGACCACCCAUGCAGCCACAGCCGCUCAUUACAGUAUGUUUUUAUCAUCCGUUAACAGGAGAGAGCAUCAGUAGAACACAUUUACACCCUUCAAGGGAGAAAGACAGGUUCCUUUUGUAGUUCUGACCUCUUCUUCCUGUGACCAAAAGUACAAAGUCUGUGUGGUAGAAAGUGUGAAUUCAUGAGUCAGCCUGAGAACAGAGAGGAGGGAGCCCUGCCCUCUAAAACCAGUCUGCGUGAAGACCUUGAGAGCCAGAACAAAGCUCAGAGGUUUCAUCAGAGACAAGAAUCCGCUGAACUUGGACAUGAACCUGAACCCAGCUGCAUGUCCUGCCAGAGCGAUAGGUCAAAGGACGUUAUUGUUCAUUUUAAAGACCAACAUGCAUUAGAGUCAAAAGUGGACCAGCAGACCUCAGAGGUUUCCAUUGCUCAGUCUGUCCAGCAGCACCAAACACACCUGGACUCCAUAUUUAUGCUGCUGGAGGAAAACAUUGUCAUGUUUGUGAAGAAGGAGCUGAAGAAGAUCCAGAAGGUUCUGAGUCCAGAUUACCCAGAAUGCUUAGAGAGUCAGAGGAGGGAUAAGGGGGAGUUGGAUGGUGAGGAUGAAGAGCAGAAGAGGAGCAGCAGAGACGCGUUUCUGAAGAUCACAGUGAACUUCCUGAGGAGGAUGAAGCAGGAGGAGCUGGCUGACUGUCUGCAGAGCAGAUCUUCUGCUACACUUUGUCAGGAUCAACUUAAAUCUCGCCUGAAGCAGAAGUUCCAGUGUGUCUUUGAAGGCAUCGCUAAAGCAGGAAAGCCAACCCUUCUGAACCAGAUCUACACAGAGCUCUACAUCACAGAGGGAGGGACUGGAGAGGUCAACGAUGAACAUGAGGUCAGACAGAUUGAAACAGCCUCCAGGAAACCAGACAGAGCAGAAACAAGCAUCAGACCAGAAGACGUCUUUAAAGGCUCAGCUGGAAGAGAUGGAGCCAUCAGAACAGUGAUGACAAAGGGAGUGGCUGGCAUUGGGAAAACAGUCCUAACACAGAAGUUCACUCUGGACUGGGCUGAAGAAAAAGCCAACCAGGACAUACACUUCACAUUUCCAUUUACAUUUAGAGAGCUGAAUGUGCUGAAAGAGCAAAGGUUCAGCUUGGUGGAACUUAUUCAUCACUUCUUCAGUGAAACCAAAGCAGCAGGAAUCUGA